CACUGGUGGCCGUGGUCGGGGUCGAAGCAGGGGAUGGGUACUGUGCUGUGCACGGUCACCUCGUGCUCUUUACUGUUCUCUGCGAUGUGGAGCGAGUCUGGAGAAAACUGAAGGGAAAGAGGAGACAAAGAGCCGUCAGGUCCGAGCACAGUUUGAUGCAGUUUGGAUGGAAAACAACACCUUCAGCAGGAACUCCAGCUAACGUGAUGAAAUGAAAGCAGACGGCUUAGCGAGCUGUGAGGAGGAGACGAAUAAUGAGGCAGAGGAAGAAGAGAAGUCCAGCAGCCGCCCAGUCCCACAGUCAUGGACCUGUUCACUGGCUCAACUCCAAGAGAAACUCUGGAGCGAGUUUCGGCCUCUCUGGGCUGCAGUCUGACCUCAGCAGAAGUGGCCACGUACCUCGACAAACACGACAAACUGAGGCAUCUCAGGGAGAAAUUCCUGGUGCCCAGAAUAGCAGAUUUGCCUCCCUCUGAUCUCUCGCUGGUCGACGGCGACAAGGAGUGCAUCUACCUUGUGGGGAACUCGUUGGGGCUCCAGCCCAAGAUGGCCAAGAAGUACCUGGACGAGGAGCUGGAGAAGUGGGCCAAGAUGGGCGUCCACGGUCACACCGAAGGCUCUCGACCUUGGGCGUGGGCUGAAAACAACAUAGAGGAGCUCAUGGCUAACGUUGUGGGAGCUAAACCUGAGGAGGUGGCACUGAUGAACGGCCUGACGGUUAAUUUACACCUCCUGCUGCUGUCCUUCUACAAACCCACUGCAGCUCGCCACAAAAUCCUUCUAGAGGACAAAGCCUUUCCUUCAGACCAUUACGCCGUAGAAUCUCAGAUCCAGCUGCGAGGAUUCGACCCUCAGAAGAGCAUGCUGCUGCUGUCGCCCAGACCGGGAGAGGAGACUCUGAGGACUGAGGACAUCCUGGAGGUGAUCGAGAAGGAGGGCGACUCCAUCGCGGUGGUGAUGUUCAGCGGAGUUCAGUAUUACACCGGGCAGCUGUUCGACAUGGCCGCCAUCACCGAGGCCGGACAAAGGAAGAGCUGCUAUGUUGGUUUUGACUGCGCUCACGCUGCCGGAAACGCCGAGCUGAAACUGCACGACUGGGGCGUCGACUUUGCCUGCUGGUGCUCCUACAAGUAUAUCAACUCAGGUGCUGGUGGUCUAGCCGGGGCGUUUAUCCACGAGAAACAUAAAGACACCAUCAAACCUGCGCUGAUGGGGUGGUGGGGACAUGACCUGAAAACUCGGUUCCAGAUGAGUAACGUGAUGGAGCUGCAGCCUGGAGUGAACGGCUUCAGACUGUCAAACCAGCCCAUCCUGCUGGUCUGCCCCCUGCAGGCCAGUUUACAGGUGUUUAACAUGACCAGUAUGCAGGAAUUGCGCAGGAAGUCCCUCCUGCUGACGGCCUACCUGGAGUAUCUGAUCCACCAUUAUUACAGCGAGGACCCCACGCAGCCUCACAAACCCCACGUGCGCAUCCUCACGCCCUCCGACCCUCAGCAGAGAGGCUGUCAGCUCUCACUCUCCUUCUCCAUCCCCAUCCGAAAGGUCUUCCAGGAGCUGGAGAAGAGGGGGGUCGCUUGUGACAUGAGGGAGCCCAGUGUGCUGCGCAUCGCUCCAGUGCCGCUCUACAACUCCUUCAGCGACGUCCAUUGCUUCGUAGAAACCCUGGGAGCAGCGUUCACUGCCAGCAGCCAAUGAAUGAAGAGAGGUCUGUGGUUUCACAUCAGAUCCACUGACUUGGAUGGUUUGUGCAACCGAAACAAUGGAUCGUAUUGUUAAUGGAAUCUGUACUUGAAGCACAAUUGUAACCUCGGCUCUUUGACUUGCUGCCUAAUUAAAACAUGUAAACUUGAUGAUCAUCAGCAGUUUUGUAGAAUGACAGUCAGUGGUUUAUAUUUGUCCGUUAAUGUGCAUCAGUGGGAAUUAUUUUUACUCCACCAACUCUAAAUAAAAUGAGAAACAGUC